CGCAAAAACUUGAAUUGAAUUGAAACGGUAACGGACAUUCCAUUUUAUUAAUUAUUAAACGAUACGAAUUACGAAGAAUAAAUUAUUGUAAAUCAAGUUGAAAUACUCUGUUUUAGUUGUUUCUUAUAGUGUACAUGUUUAAAUAUGUUGUCUAUUAUGCGAUAAACCGUAGAACAUCAUUUCCGCACUUGAUUGAAUUAUAAAUCAGUUCAAUGGAGUCUAAUAAUCUUCGGUCUCCUUCGGUGCUAAAUGAUCUGGAUAUGAAUAUCCAAGACGAUUCAAUAAAGAAAACAAGUCCUUCGUCGUUACCAAAUACGUUGAAAAGUUCUUCAAACUUCAGUGUAAAUGCCAAAGAAGUUGAUGAUGAUUAUAAUCAAGAAAAUAAGCCACCUACGAGUCUUGAAUCCACCCCACCUUUGACCGACGGUUUCAUAUUCAAAAAACCAUUACCUCGAGAAACCAUGGCAAACGAAGACAACGUAUUAAGCUCACUGAUCGACGAUCUAAGCCAUUUAAAAUUAGGCGCUACACCGGUAAACGAAAGACGUUUCAAUGCGUGUAAAUGGACCACUCCUUUGAAAAGAAAAGCCGCACGAUCGGAUGAUAGUUGUUCAUCUUCCGAAUGUUCGUCAAUGGGUAAAAAUAACCAUCAUUCCGCGCCAGCUAAUGAAGUGUACGCUGAAAAUGCUACCGUUGAUUUAUCCUCCGCGAAAUCAGAUAAAGAAACCGUUACUAGUCAAAAUGGUGACGAUUGUUCCGAUUAUUACGACUGUAGCGACGACGGAAACGUUAUCAGCGAAGAAACACGUGUUAAUAAUAUAACAAGUGAUCAUUGUAACACAGCCGACUCUUCGUUUCAUUCUAUUUCCGAGAAAGAACACACAGCUGAAUUAGACGAAGGAAAUUCUACGUUUGUGAAUACCGAUUCUGAACCAGUAAAUGAAGCGACUCUGGCCGAAAUGAAUCGAUCCCAAGGGAAAGAUGAAGCGUUUAUUUUGGAAAAAUAUCUCACCGAGCAAGAUUUCAAAUUGGAAUUUAAUCUGAGUGAUACGUCGUUUAAUGCUGUUACAGCCGGCGUCACUUUCGAAUUCGGUAAAAGAGAAAGUAUUUGUACCCAAACUGAGAAUCCAGCUAGCUCUUUGUUCGGUUUUGAACCGCCAGAAAAACCUGCGUUGUGUUUUACUGAAUAUCAAAGUGUAAACAAUGUUACGAUUCAAGCUGAUCAAUUCGAUAAAGUGGCCUCAUUUACUAAAGAAAAUGAUAUGCAAACGGAAGAAUCCUUGUUUAAUUUAAUCAGCGAUUAUUUAGUUCAAAAUGAAACUCGCUCAUCGUUUGUCACCGAAUCCGAAGAAAACAUCUUCACACUCGGCGGUAUUCCUGAAACUGGUUCAUUACGUAUUGAUACAGUCGACUUGGAAGACGCCUUGAUGCAGCCUUCAGUUCGUAAAAGCUUGCUACUUGAGUCCAAUGAUUCCAACGUCGAUCAAAAUGAUGUAAAUGAAUCGGAAAUUCGAGACAGUCAGCCUCAAACGGGUACAACGAGUCCGGUGCAAGAAAUUGCUGCGAAAAUAGACGCCGAAAUUGAAACCGUAAACGAUAAUAAUGAAUCUCGCGAGGAAACUUCAUCAAAUGAAAUUUGUGAUUCGACUCGUGUUUCAUUUUCUCAACCAAUCAUUACCGAUCAAUUUGAAUCCGACGAUGUGAACAAAUCAGACGAAACAUCGGUUACAUCUGCCAUAAAAUCGAACGAAACCGUCAUCUUGGAAUCGAGUCAAACAAACGAAGACACUUCUAUCGGAAGUAAUCAGUCUACGGUGGUUGCCGAAUGCAACGAUACUGCCACUCUAGAUUCCCUAGAGUCGAUUACAACAAUCGAUGAAAUUGUUACCGAAAUUAACAAGAAUUCUAAGAAAUUAAAUGAAACGAUGGAAUUCUCGAGAAGAACUUGUAGUCCAUCUUCGCUGAAUGCAACGAUUGAUACGGAAAGUAUCGGAGAUGAUUCAUUUUAUGAACAAUCCGGCAGCGUUGUCGAUUCGGAAACUAAUCAGAAUAUUGAUGAAAACGAUUCUGAACAAAAUAAUUAUGAAACAAUGUUGAAUUGUACUGCCGAUUUAGAACUUUCUCAAAAUUUCCAUUUGGAAAUCGAACAAACUCCAUCUCGUAAAAGUUUCUACCAAACGAAUUCUACUGAAAUCCAAACCGGUGAAGAUCUAGUCGAGCAGAGUCCUGAAUUGAACCAAAGUUUAGUCUCGGAGACGACUUCGGUAACUUUUGAGAAAGCCGAGGUGAAGAAUUCGGAAUCGGCUGUAAAUGAAACCGUCAAUUUGGAAGAGAUCGAAGUGACGCAUGAAAAUCUUGAAAAGUCCAUUGUAGAUAAGCUAAACGAAUCUGUGGAUUUGAACCGUUUGUCAUUGUCUCAGUAUAGGUCGCCUCAGGUUAGGCGAUUCAGACCAAUCCACAACGUUGAUUUCUUCCUGAAGGACGAUCCACUCGAAAAAGAGCACAAUAAAUCAUUAGAAAUCGCGCAAGCAGCCAACGAUACACUGAGCGAAACGAAAUCAAAUGAAGAAACGUCCAACUUGAAAAUCGUUGAAAUAUCCAAUGAGAAAAUUAACGAAGAAAAUUCCACGAUUUCGGCUGACGUUGAAACUCUUGCAGAACAAUGCCAGAAGUUAGUCUUGAACGAAACUGUGAAUUUAGAAAAAACCGACUCAACAGAGGAAAACAUCAUUAGAAAAAUUGAAGAAGUGUUGAACAAAUCUGUGGAUUUAAACACCAUUUCGAUCACUAGAACGUCACAUGAAAGUCGAAUCAGACCAAUCCAUAACGUUGAAUUCUUCAUCAAAGCGGAUCCGCGCGAAGAAGAACGUAACGAAUCUUCUUCGGAAAUAUCUGAUAAUGUCACUAACGAAAAAAGUUCAGCUCGUGCUGGUUCUGAAAUCAUUCCGGCUGCUUUUGAACAUCGUACUGAAGAGAGCACAGAUUUGCCCAUCAGUGAAUCUGCGAAUUUGGAGAUGGUCGAUAUGAUUGAUGAAAAUGCCCAAAGCGAAGUCGAAGAUUACUUUAAUAAAUCUGCGAAUAUAAAAUCUCUUCUAUCGAUCGAAGAUGAUAUUGCGCUAUGCAAAAUGCGAUGUACGCCUAUGCGAUCGGUUCGUUUUUUCGAUCAGAUUAUUGAAGAUGAAAUUGAGAAGAAGGCUAACAAAUCAUCUUUAGAAUCUGCUCAAAUACCUAGCCAAGAUAUCGUCGAUCCGAAUGAAGAAUCGCUGAAAUUCAACCAGACUGAUGACCUAGAAGUUACUCGAGUAAUCGAGAAAGUUGCCGAAGAUGUCACAGAAUCUGAUAAUCUUGACAGAACUACCAAUUUAGAAACAGGCGAAACAUCUCGUAUCGAACAUUCAGAGUCUAUUCAAACAUCACCUCGUGGAAUAGACGAAAAGAUCGGAAACAUUUCUGUUACUUUGAAUAAAACGGUCGAUUUAGAAGCCACUCGAAUUAUCGACGAUGAACCCGAAAAAUUCGUAGCUAUUGAUGAACGAAUCAAUUUAGAAACUACUCAGACGAUUGAAAAUGAGUCAUCUGCGAUGAUCGAAGAUUCAUCUCCUUCAAACAAAAUCAGCGAAAUGUUUAGAAAAAACAGCGGAAAGUUUGUUACUUUUGAUAUGGAGAGCGGAACACUCAAUUUUGAAGAGCCUACGUCACCUUGCGCGAACGAGCCACCCGAGUUGGACAAAGACAUCAUCAUGAAAAUUGCUAAAUUGUCGUACGAAGGGUACAAUCGAAACGGAACAGAUGCUUGCACUGAGACAGCAGAUAUCGAGUCAUGUGGCAAGCAAAACAUAACCGAUGUUAAUCUUUCAUCUAACGAAGCAGAAAUCACCGUUGUGCUUACACAUAGCAGUGAAGAGAUUCUAAAAAGCAGUCCGAGUCGAUUCGAAAUUGCCGACGAUCUUUCUACCUCUAUAACUACUCCCGCACUGAAUCAAAAUGAGGAUAUGUUAACCAAAGAUUCGGUGAUAGAGUUGACUAACGAAGUUGAUGCGGUUUCGAGUGACGCGACAGAAGAACAAACGCCUGAGCAGUCUGAUCUUUUGAACGUUUCGAAUAUCAAGUCAUGCGAUGCUACUGUAAUAAUACACGGAUCGCCUUCGCCUCAACGUAGCAAUUCACCUGCUCGAUUCGAUAUACACGCAGUACAGAUGGAUGAUAUAGCAUCACCUAUACCUCCUAACUCGCCAACUGAAUUGAGCAACAAAUGGCGAACACAAGUAGAUCUUUCAAGCGUCGCCGAUCACUUGGAAGAUUUCAACGAACACGAUUCGCCGUCUAAUUCCAGCGACGAGAUGGACGUAACCGAUCCGGUCGAUUCGAAUAUUGCUCCUGAAAUGCUUCAGAUGAUGAAACUACCCCCUGGUAUAAACCGAUCGUACUCCAACUUGGAAAGUAUACCUGAAAUCAACGAAAACGAGACGAGCGAAGAACAAAACGCGUCCGAAGUGGACCUUGAACAAGAUAAUACCAAUGAUCGAAAAUCUUGCCUAGCGAUCAACAUCCAAAGUACCGAAUUGGAGCCCGAAUCGGCGACGAACCAAACUGUAAUUUUGACUUCUUCCGAAGCUCAACCUACUGAAAACGUGUUGAAUUCAACGCAAGUAGUAACGUCUUCUCAAUUGGUACCUGAACCCGAGGUUGAAUCAGAACCUAAACCUGAGUUUGGUUUCGACAAAUCUACCAUCACCUUCGCUCCUGUCGAUCCGAACGAAUUGAUAUUUAAAACCCCGAUAAGAAAACUGCCUCCUCAGUCGGAUCUGUCCGCCAUAUACGAUUCCAGUUUCAACGCAGAUUACUGCAGCAGUGCUCGUUCCGUUUCGGCGAAAUCUACUCCAUCUGCUAAACACUCGCUGGUAUCUCCUAAGCAGUCGUUCUUUAGGAAUUCGCCUACUUUUUAUUCAGCAAUCUGCACACCUAAGCGAAAACUCAAACAUGCUUCACCGAAAGUCUCCUCUGAUGCACCCGCAGCUUCGCUAUUGGACAUGUCGAUAGGAUAUUUUGAAAAAUAUACAGCUACUCAGACCGGGGCAACAAAAUCAUCCGGUGAUGAAGUUAAUAAGUCGAUCGACGUUGAUGACGAACCUCAGCUCGAAGAGACCAAGUUGCUUUACAUAGAAGAACCGAACAAGAAAGUUAACGUGAAAACGCAAACGCACGAUACCGAAUUACUCGAUUUACGAGAAGAAAACGCCAAACUCAAAGAAGAUAUCAGGGAAUUAACGGAAUUAACUCAAGCCAUGGCUGCUACAGAGGCUGAGUUAAGAACAACAUUACAGAACGUGAUCCACAACGAAAUUGAACUGAAAAAGGCCGCCGAACAACACGAAGAAAAUAAUCGUCUAUUGCAUAAUCGAUACGAAAUUUUGAAGGAUUAUUCGAAUGAGUUAUUAACGAAGAGGAAUGAAGAAUUGGAUCGAGCCGAAAACAGAAUUCGUUUUUUAGAAGCUCAACUUGAAAAAUAUACGAAAAAUUCUGAAGCAUCGUCAAAAUAAAACCUGGCGGAAUUUUCUUAUUUUGUCUGUGAUGUUUGUUACAUAUUUGAAUUGUGCUCCAUUUAUUAAUAUGAUAACUUAUUUAUUUUUAUUCGUUUAGUGAUUCCUUAAUAUUUUUUUAUCAUAUUUAACAGUUUUGUAUUUUUUUAGUAUUUAAGUAGUGUAUUAAUGAAUUUACGUAUCGUGAUAUAACAUGAAUGAAUAUAAUUAUGUUGUAAAAAUGUU